UAGGCAUAACUUUACAGCUAAAAUACUUUUAGUAUAAUAGAUACUUAUAAAAAUUAUUUAUAAAUAUGCCACAGCUAUUUCAUCUAUGAAUAAGUCGAUGUAAUCUUUAUAAUGCGCAUAAUAUUAAGAUUAAUCUCAUCAAACUGACAUGGAUCGUGAUCGAUUAGUGACCCGACAGCGUUUAGUUUAAUUUAAUUUGAAUAUUAGACACAAACAAAAAUUAGUGAAAUAAUGAAACAGUAUUUAAGUGUAAUUCAAAAUGUCUACGGAUAACGCUUCGUUUGAAACAUCCAAUGGUGGGAAAAAUGAUACAUUUGUGAGAGGAAACGUAGAUAGUGAAAAUAGUGAAAAUAUUGACAAUUGCUUAAAUAAGAUUGGAGCCAAAUGCUUAGAGAUGAAUCAUGACAGGGUACAGAAUGGUUCUAAGGACUUGUUGGGGGUCCCAAGAACUGGACACCGGAAAUCUUUCAUGGAGGAGGAGAGCGCGAAAGAGAAAGCAAGAGUGUCUCUGUUGAGGCAGUGUUCGGCUCUACUGAAGCUGAACGAACAGAAGUACAAUAAGGAUGCUCUUCAUAGGACAUUUCAAGACGAGGGCUUCUUGGACAAAAUAUUUCGACUGUUUGAUGUAGAAGGCAAAGACUACCUGAUCCAAGAGGACUGGAUUGAGUUCCUCAAGGAGAGAUUGACAGAAGAGAAGCAGCUAGAUUUUGUGGAACAGGUUGAGAGCGUGGCCUAUGUGUUGUGUGGUGAGGGGGUCGUCACACCAGACUCCUUCCAGCUCAUACUAAAGAAUAAAGUGGUCACUAAAAAGCUCCUAGUCGCGGUAGACUCUGAUGGUGACGGAGCGGUAACAGCCGACGAGAUAAUGGACUUCCUUUCCGCUGUCAGCACUUCAAGGCCACGGGCGGGUAUCGACCAAUCCAGCGUCGAUCGGCUUGAGCAGCUCUUUCGUGAGACUGUAGGAGACCAGCGGGAGAUCACCAGUGAACACUUUCAGAAAAUAUUCGUCUCCAAGAAUUCUUUCUUCACAAAGCGUGUGUUUCAAAUAUUCGAUGAGGACAACUCAGGGGCUAUUUCGUUGCAAGAGUUCAUAGCUGCUGUUCAUCGCUUCGGCCGUCAGACCCCCGAGGACAAGAUUCGAUUUCUUUUCAAGGUUUACGAUGUUGACGGCGACGGUCUUAUCCAACAAAAUGAGCUGCAAGAAGUGAUGAGAGCUUGUAUGCAUGAGAACGGGAUGCACUUCAGCGAGGAACAGCUCUGUGACCUGACGGAGGCCAUGUUUUGCGAUGCUGACCUUGAAGGCAGAGGAGCUAUAACGUAUGAGGCCUUGAGAGACCAGCUCAGUAAGCAUGGAGGGUUGCUGGAAAAUCUUUCAAUUAGCAUUGACCGCUGGCUGGUUCCUCCCUCUCCUAAGCCCUCUUCUACCCUCCUGACUCGUCUCUCCUCCCUAAAGCCCUACCAGAUGUCUUUCCCCUACUUUAAGAAUAACCACGUGUUCGUGAUGUACCUGCUCAUGUUCUUUGUUCUCAACUUGGCACUAUUUGUGGCUCGAAUCGUCGAGUAUUGGCAUUCUAAUGUGUUUGUCAUUUUUGCUCGAGCUUGUGGUCAAUGCCUGAACUUCACAUGUAGCUGGGUGCUAGUAUUAAUGCUGCGUUGUUGCAUCACGGCCCUUAGAACUCGCGGCAUCGGUUCCUUACUACCACUUGAUCAUCAUAUUUAUUUACACAAAUUAACUGGAGUACUGAUUCUAGUGUAUAGUGUCAUUCACACCAUAAUGCAUUUGUGUAAUUUUAGUGUAAUUGUAGUAAAUGACCCAGUACUUAAUGCAAAUAACUACACCUUAUGGGAAUGGAUCGGAUCCACGAAGCCAGGUCUUUUUGGCUUAGUAGGUGGCUGUGCCAAUCCAACUGGUCUCGCCUUGUGCUUCACGCUGUUUAUACUCGCCACCUGCAGCAGGCCUGCCGUGCGUCGUGGAGGAUGUUUUGAGAUCUUUUAUUUCACCCAUCUGCUGUACAUUCCAUUCUGGGUGUUGUUAUUGUUCCACGCUCCCAACUUUUGGAAGUGGUUUAUUGCACCUGGCACCAUCUACAUCUUGGAGAGGGUACUAAGGCUUACUUGGAUGAGGUCAGAACGAGGCAAGAGCUACAUAGCGAGCGGGAUCCUGCUCCCGUCCCGCGUGACACAUCUUGUGGUGAAGCGGCCCUCGCUAUUUCACUUCCAUGCCGGAGACUACGUCUUCGUCAACAUCCCGGACAUCGCGAGCUAUGAGUGGCAUCCCUUCACCAUCAGCAGUGCACCAGAUCAAGAAGACUACAUCUGGCUUCACAUCCGCGGAGUGGGUCAAUGGACCAACAGACUGUACGAGUACUUCGAGAUGGAACAGCAACGUUUACACGCGAACACACAUCAGGCAGUGAACCGAACACAUUCCGGAGAAAGCUGUAAGAGCGCAAUGAGCAGACGCAAAGGUUCCGGAGCCAACAAACCUCGUUCGGUGGACUUUUCUCCUCUUGCGUUUGACAAUACCGCAUUUUGUGCCGACGAGAGCCAUACUUUUAAAGCAUUAUCCCCUCUUCAGAACACGCGCCCAAAAUUUCUGUCACCCUUGAAGCUACUGGAGAAGUCCCAUUCGAUGCCGGACGUCUUCAACAAUAUGAAGAGGAAACCGAAGCCGAAUUUUCCCCCGGAGAGUCUCAGAUGCGGGUCAGAGCUCUACAUAGCGGAAGUUCCCCGAAGACGCAUCACGGGAGGCACCAGGGACGCGGCCGUGGCGCACAGUUUCCGCUAUAUGAGGACCAAACCCACCAUCAUCUCCUGCCGACCCCCGGACGAGAGAAGGAGAUCCAACGAGAGCAUACUAAGCCUUGCUCGUCGUAGAUUCUCAAAGAGCCGUUCUCCCGAGCGAGAUGUAGAAAAGGAAGCUCCUGUUAUAGAAGAGCAGAGCCCUGACUCUGGCUGCGAGGACUACCCUUCUGGGAAACCACUCGAGAUUUACUUAGACGGUCCAUACGGUGCAGCAUCCUCCCACAUUUUCCGAGCUCAGCACGCCGUGUUAAUAGCAGCUGGUAUCGGAGUGACGCCUUUCGCAUCAAUCUUACAAGCUAUCAUGUACAAAUACCGACACGCGAGAGUUACUUGUCCAAACUGUAGCCAUACAUGGCCCUGUAGACCAAGGACUGAUAUGACCCUUAGAAAGGUUGAUUUCUUCUGGAUAAAUCGUGAGCAGCGGUCAUUCGAGUGGUUCGUCUCCCUUUUGUCUCAGCUGGAGAUAGAGCAGGCAGAAGCGGGUGAUGCCGAGAGGUUUUUGGAGAUGCACAUGUAUAUAACCAGUGCGUUGCAGCGAAGUGAUAUGAAGGCUGUUGGACUGCAACUGGCGUUGGAUCUGUUACAUGAGAAAGAGAAACGUGACCUAAUAACAGGUCUAAAGACGCGAACUAACGCGGGCCGGCCCAACUGGGACAAAGUGUUCCAGCGCUUGCAGGAGCAGGGCAAGGGCAAGGUAACAGUCUUCUACUGCGGACCGCCGCUUCUUGCCCGUGCGCUGAGGAUCAAAUGCGAUCAGUUCGGGUUCGAUUUCCGGAAAGAAGUUUUUUAAAUAUUAUAUUAUUACUUUUGAUUUAACUUUUAACUGACUUAGAAGCAGUACAGAAAGUAUAAUGAUCAUAAGAUAGUGACAUAUAAAGUUUAAAAAAGAUUAUUGAUAAUUUGUAUUUUAAUAAUGUUAAUAAUAACGUAAUUUAUAUAUAUUUAAUGACAUUUCAUUUUGUAAUCACCGCUUUUGUUACUAGUUAAUAUUAAUAUAAAGUACAUUAUUAUAAUAAUAACGUGAAAAUGAUAAAAGUAUUAUAUUUUUAUUUAAAACUAAGGUUGUA